CAAAGAAGUAUCGCCAUUAGAUUACUACAGAGAUGUCCCGUGAUGCGAACACGAAACGUUUCUACCGUUUUUUGCUGGACCUCUGCAUCGGGAGAGUUAUGAAAACUUUGCUACAAGGCCGAUUUAAUGUAGUUUUUUCUCAAUAGUAGCUGCUUGUGUAGUUUAACGCAGCAGUGAAGAGUUGCCAGUUGCUAAACGACAGAAGCUACGGAGACGGGAUGAAGCAGUUUGUGUCUAAAUUCGGACUAAACCUCGAUUAACUUAACAGAAACGGCACGAAAAGUCAGUCAUGUUUUCAAACCGCCGGGCUGUCAGAGUCGCACAGGGGACUGGGGCCAGAAAACAGCGAGUUUCAGAAGCUAACGAUGGCUUGUUGUGUUGAGGGAGGCUGUUGCAGAUGUAACCGCCGAGCUGCUUCCCCCGGCGUCGCCUCUCUUCCUGUGUUUACUCCCUCCUACGGUUUGGACACGUAGCCGUUAAACCGACAGACCGCAGACAGACGCCGCUUCUUCAGACAUGUCCAGGUCCAGUCGGCGGUACAAGCCUCUGCAGCAGAGCAACGGCGGCGGCUCCUUCCCCGGCUGUGACCGGGUGCGGUUGCCUCGGGCACGGGUCCUGCUGCUGUGUCUGCUCGGUGUCCUGGUGCUGGCGGUGGUGCUGGGGGUCUACCUGUCCAACGACACCGCCGGGAGACAAGUGAGCCACCUGCCAGCCGCAGAUCUGACCAGAGACAGGCUGUCCCACAAACCCAGUAAAUGCUCCCCAGCUCAAAUCCGCCGUCUGGCCUCUCAGGUGGAUGGGACUCGCCUGUGGGAGACUCACCUGCGGCCCAUCCUAAUAGAGAGGCUCCCAGGGACACAAGGCAGCCUGGCUGUACAGCAGCACAUCACCUCCACCCUGUCCUCACUGUCUGCCGACUGGUCCAUAGACCUGGACUCCUUCCAGUCUCCAACUCCUCGUGGUCAGGUCACCUUCACCAACAUCGUAGCCACUCUGGACCCUAUGGCCCCUCGGAGGCUGCUCCUGGCCUGCCACUAUGACUCCAAGGUCCUGCCUGCAGACCCCCGGGCUCCAGAGAAGGUGUUUCUGGGGGCCAGUGACUCAGCAGUGCCCUGUGCUAUGAUCCUGGAGCUCGCCACCUCUCUGGAUGCUCAGCUUAGGACGUUCAAACAGCAGAGACUCCCAGUAUCUCUUCAGCUUGUGUUUUUUGACGGCGAGGAGUCGUUUGAGGAAUGGACCGCUACAGACUCACUUUACGGUUCUCGACACCUGGCCGAACGCAUGGCUAACACGCCUCAUCCUGCAGCCUCCUCACACGCCACCAUGCUGCAUGCCGUGGACCUCUUUGUGCUGCUUGACCUGCUCGGUGGUCCAGAUCCUCUGAUUGCGAAUCACUUUGAUAACACGGCACGCUGGUUUGACCGCCUGAUUGCUGCAGAGAAGAGGCUCCAUCGACAGGGCCUCCUGACGUCGCACCCCUCAGAGCAGACGUAGUUUAGGAAGGAUGUGUACCUCGGACCUGUGCAGGACGACCACAUCCCCUUCCUUCACAAAGGCGUUCCUGUGCUACAUGUCAUCGCCACUCCCUUCCCGCAGUUCUGGCAUACACUGGACGACACCGAGGAGAACAUGCACCGACCGACUGUAGAGAACCUGACUAAGAUUAUGGCUGUAUUUCUGGCUGAAUACCUGGGCUUCUGAACGAUAGAACACAAUUAUCUGGGCUGAAGGUCUGUACAGAAUUAAUGACAAAUAACCAGGUGCACAAGAGAAGACUGGUGAAAUGACUAGACUGAACUGGAAUACCAGCUGAGCUUUACCAAAGACUCGUCCCUGCUGGACUGUCUUUGUUUUCAUGUGAUGGAGGAGUUGGACAGUCUGCCUAAAGGACAUAUGAAGUGGACUCUCAUUUACGAUGUUGGUACGAGCGAAUGAGGAGCAGCUGUAAAAUGUCUGUGACGUUAAAAGCACUCUAUAUUAAUAUUUUUGUUUUGUUCCUGUGAAAAAGAAAAGCCUUAUUAGCCUUACCGAUAGUUUUCCCUGUUAAUAUGACGGCAAUGCACUUUGUCUUAAAGACAGACUUGUAAUCAUCUGAGCUGCUGUGAACUCUGUUCAGGCAGUGAUGAUGGUGAAUGACAGCUAGUUCAUAUCUGUGAAUUAUUUCUCCUGGUUAUACCUUCACAUCAGUGAAGAUCCUCUUGGCCUCGGCUGUUAACAAGCGCUAGCUACAUAAACUAACAUCAUAAUGAUGUUAUUGGAAGUCCAACAAAUGUUCUUUUCACACCACAUUAGACAUGUAAUCAAGUCUGUCGUGAAGUUCAAAUUAUUUUAUUCAGUUUCGGGGAAGUUAUAAAUACUGAAAAAUGCUGUUACUUGAUAAAUCCUGUAGCUUCUGCACUCAGUACAUGUAACAUUUUACCAGCAUCGUCUCGUCUCAUCUUCCCUUUAACAAGCUGAAAAACCUGAUUGUUCUAAAUGUUUUGGUGCCGCGUGUGAACAGUGUGGAGGUCCACCGCAGGGCUUUACGGCACCUCUGUGACUGGAAAUGUUGAAUUUAAUCCAGCCAUAUGAUGCUUACUUUUAAUGUCUGUCUUGUACGGUGUUCUGUGUAUAUUUAAGUCAUGGUACGGUGUCUGCUAAGUCAUGUUUUGGUAAUAAACAUGAGAAAAUAGACUUUACAUUAAAGAAGGAGAAAAAUGAUGCAUCAA